CACCGGUUUCCGGUCAGUUGAAUUUUGAAAUUCAUAUUUUGAUAUCUAGUCGGGAUAGUGGUUUUACAGGUACUGUAAGACGGUGAACAUUUUGAGAUGUAGAGUAAAUGUUUAUUUUUAUUUGUAUGGAUGUAUAAGAUAAUGUUUCGUAACAUAGCUAGCUAACGUUAUUGCAGUGUUAGCUACAUGAUCUAUGCGCAGUGAUAGCUAGCUGGCUAGCUUAGUUAGCUACGUUAUGCAGGAUGAAGAGUGUUAGCUAGCUAGCUAGUUAGUAAGAAAGAUCUGCAAUAGCUUAACAGAUACCAUUUUAAAGCAUUCAAAACAUAAUCUGUGCAGUUCUUACAGUAGCUAGCUAGGUAGCUAACCUACCCAAUUUAGUAGCUAGUUAGCUAUGGUGAAAACAUUGUGUCAUUUCUUACAGAUUUCUAUCGCUAGCUACACUCCCCACUGUUUUUUGGGUUCACUGAAACCAAAAUCUGAUCAGCUAUGUACUAAUCUAGCCAGGUAUGUUAUCUAGGUGGGUGCUGAUAGCUAUCCUGCCUCAGUGAAGUGUGUGUGUCCUCUCAGACAGAGAUGGCCACACUGUUUCCCUCGCUGUUUCCCCGGUUGACAGAGUCUCUGUGGUUCAACCUGGACCGGCCAUGUGUGGAUGAGACAGAGCUACACCAACAGGAGCAACAGCACCAGACCUGGGUACAAACACACACACACACACACACACACACACACACACACACUGAGAGAGAGAAGACAGAGCAACACUAGCAGGAGUCACAGAGCCAACCUGGGUUCAGACAAACACAAACACCUCUCUCUCCCUCUUAGUUACAGAGCAUCGCAGAGAAGGACAAUAACCUGAUGCCUAUUGGCAAGCCAAUCUUCGAGGUAUCUGAGCUUUAAAUAACGUCUAUUUCACUUACCUAGACAAUUGACCUGUCAGUCACUCAUAUUUUCAUCCGAAAGUUGACCUGAAUGUAUACGAGAUGUGUAUGGAUUUUGACCAAGUGUCAUGAGAUAUUACAAAGGUGGACCAUGUUCACUUUUUAUUUGACCUUUAUUUAAGUAGGGAGUCACCACUGAGACCAGGGUCUCAUUCACAAGGGAGCCCUGCGUAUACAAUUACACAAGACAAAAUCAAAUACAAUAUAAAACACAACACAAAUAUUCAAGACAGACGACAUUCUUCAAUAAGAAGGUCCCCAAUCAGAGCCAGAGCGGCACCAGAACAUCCAAUGGUAUGCAUUUUGUAGUUGGUUCCAUGUGGGGGUGGAAAGGCAUUACAAUUCAAUAAAAUAGAGACGUUCAUAUUAGCAUUUUGUGGAUAUUCCCAACAGCUCCCAGAUUAGGGGGACUCAUUAGGGCCAGAGGAUGGAGAGGCAGGGAAAGCAGUAGCUUUAAUUAACCAUCCAAAGACAGAGUGAGGAGCGGACAGCACAUACAGCACAUACAAACACUACUGUUUUGCUUUUGUAUCGCUUGCUAGCUCGCAUUCAAACCAAGUAAAGUUAAAGAUGGUGAUCCUAAACCUCUACCCUGUGUGAACUUGGUCAUGUUGAUGUGGUGGUGUGGUACACAGAAAGUGAGUUUACCAACUAGGGAGAGGUUUUAAUAUCUCAUGACAUUUCAUUCCUCAAAUUAUACACACAUCGUUUACAAUUUUGGGUCAACGUUUGGAUGAAAAUAAGACAUGUCCUUUCAUUUAUGUUUCUGUUGAGGGAUGUUUUCUGUCAUUUUCCAUGCUCACUCUUGGGGUGUGUGUGUGUGUGUGUGUGUGUGUGUGGUGUUUGUUUGUGUUCUCUGUGGGUGUGUAGCAGACAUUUGACGAGGAGGAAGAGGAGGAGGAUGAGGAUGAGGAAGAUAGUGAAGAAGACUCUGAGGAUGAAGAGGACAUGCAGGACAUAGAUGAGAUGAACGACUACAACGAGUCACCGGACGACGGCGAGGUCAACGAGGUCAACACACACACACACAAUCAGGGGUUAGGGGUCACGUCUAUGGAACAGUAUCUAAGGGAAAUACUAGGACCUCUUAUUACUAAUUUCUCUCUGCUUCUCUCUCAUCUUGCUCAAACUGCAGGUGGAUAUGGAGGGAGCAGACCAAGACCAAGACCAGUGGAUGAUCUAGACCAGAGUAAUCCUCGCUACUCUCUGAUUCCCCCUUAGUACCAGCAGGAUAGAUGCUCAUCUACUCUCCCUGACAGUGUCUCUUGGCUGGUGUACUUUGCCUGCUGUUCACACCCACCAUGAGAAACGACAGGUUGAGCGGUGUGGUGUUUUACUGCAUGGAGGAAGUGCGUGUUCUCUCAUUCAGUGUUCUACAGUUGCAAUGUGUGAAUGUGUGAAGACUGUAAACUGUAAAAGUUUCUAGAGAUAAGUGGUUUUGCAACAUUAGGAGAAAGAAAGCCUCCUCCACCUCAACCCCCCUCUGCUAGUUCUGUCCUCCCCCACAGAUCGAGACAGUCAGCCCCCUUGUUUAGACUACACACACACACACACAUUAAACUCAAGGACAUCUGAGUGCCCACUCACUCCCCUCUCUGGUACUCGUUGUUCUGUCUGAGUGUGUACUUUGACUUCCCCCCGUCGCCAGUCAUGUGUCACAUCUAAAUGGGUCCCCCUAAAACAGCUGAAUAGGCAUAAACCACAGCCUGUACACUGCACUUGAGUAAUCUGCUGUGUGUGUGUGUGUGCGUGGCCAACAGAAAUCUGAAGAGUAAAAAAACGUGCUAUAGAAUGUCAGUAUUCAACAAAACUGAUUGAGUUGUAAAAAGGAACUCAGUUUUAUGUAUGUAUGUAAAGUAAAUAACUUUUUAAUUGGUAAAGUGUCUUAUGUAAAUAAAGAAAAACAAUGUGUACAGAGAAUGUAUGUAAUGGAUUUAUUAAUGCCACAGACAGACCUGUAAAACACACGUGAGAUGCUGUCAGUGAGAGCGAUAUUCAAC